UCCGUCGCGCCUCUGACUUUCCGUUCCCCAAUGUGUCUAUUUAACCCGCAUUACCUCAUUUGCGUUUCUGUUUUCUCGCAGUAUUUUUGUGCUCUCCUCCGUCCAACGAUUUCGUGUCUCCCAUUGCAUCACCUGCACUGUUACAGAAUGCGCUUGCCUUUUCCUGCCGGAUUCAACUCUACUCGCCACUGCGAACUACCUUUGAACUGAUGAAAACUUCAGCACUCGCCUGCUGCAUAGGCGCCCAGUGCGAGGCUUGAGUUAUCGCGCUUUGCUUCUGUCCGUGGUGCUGAAAUGCACUCGUCCUCUAAGUAGGUUAUCUUGUUGGUUUUGCACCAACCAUCGUAAGGUGUUAUCUGUUCCUUCAGAAUAGCUUUUUGAAAUAAUUUAGUAAAUAAUUCAAAGCUACCAUCGAUGCGUCUCGCUUCUUCCCGAAAUACAAGGAUUCGAGAGUAUAUUUAGGCUGUAUCGAUUUUUUUUUUUUUUUCUUUUUUCACAUUUGUCAAGGUGUGAGGAGCUAAAGGAGGGAAAAAACAUUUCGGAGGCUGGGUCUCUGCUUCUUGCAGAACCUCUACAAGAAAGAUUAUUAUUAUUUUCUUUUCUUUACUUCUAAAAGUCCUCAAGGAAAGAUAUAUAUAAAAUUAUUAUUAUUUUUUAUUUUUAUUUUUUUUUAAAGAGAGCAGAAGGAUAUUUCUCAUUUCUGAUUCUGCUUUGGAUUUUCCUCCUGGAUAGAUCGCUAUUAAAUCACUUCUCCAAGCGCCAUUCACCAAACAGAACUUGGUUGAAUACAGAUGAUAAUCUGAGAGGCUUCACAGAAGCAGCAGAGUGGAGAUGGAAGCGUCCACCAACGGCUCCAGUUUUGGAAUCGACUCCCUACUAUCCCACAGGCCCGGAAGCCCAGUCCUUGCAAAGGGGGACAGUUUGGUAGGGGAAUGCCGCUCCCCUCUGGAGUUCAGCCCCAGGUCAGACUUAGAGAGCCGUUGUUCUUCUCCUCCGUCCCCGAGGCGGGAGUGCGGUGAGGAUGCGGCGCAGAGAUCGGGUCACCCCCUCGGGCUUGCGUCCCAGUUGCAGCACGGGCCGAUCUCCGUUGGAUCACAACCUCGGACUGUCACUUCAUCCUUCUUAAUAAGAGAUAUUCUAGCUGACUGUAAACCUUUAGCGGCUUGUGCCCCUUACUCCAGCAAUGGCCAGCCGACACAGGAGACAGGAAGGUUGGCAUCCAAAAUCGCAGAAGACUACAUUGAAAAGAUCCACAGUAACUCAUCGUCAGACAGUGAAUACAAAGUAAAAGAGGAGGGCGACAGGGAGAUCUCGAGCAGCAGAGACAGCCCGCAGGUCCGUCUGAAGAAGCCACGGAAAGCGCGGACAGCCUUCACUGACCAUCAGCUCGCUCAGCUAGAGCGCAGCUUUGAGCGUCAGAAGUACCUGAGUGUGCAGGACAGAAUGGAGCUAGCAGCAUCUCUAAACCUGACCGACACGCAGGUCAAAACCUGGUACCAGAACAGGAGGACAAAGUGGAAGAGGCAAACGGCAGUCGGACUUGAAUUGUUAGCGGAAGCUGGGAAUUAUUCUGCCCUGCAGAGGAUGUUCCCCUCGCCGUAUUUCUACCCUCAAAGCCUGGUGUCGAAUCUGGACCCUGGAGCAGCGCUCUAUUUAUACAGGGGACCUUCGGCGCCCCCGCCGGCGCUGCAGCGUCCUCUCGUUCCCCGGAUUCUCCUGCACGGUCUACAGGGCGCCAACGAGCCGCCUCUGCCCCCACUCUCCGGUGUGCUACCCAGACCCAUACCACCACGAUGAACGGCAUGUUUCGGACUCAUUUCAGUAGAUGGCAGCUUUGAACUUCACCAUCAAAAACAAUUUCAUGGUGACGAAGAAUUCGAGAUGUGUCACAAAGCCACAAAAACAACCUGACACAUGAAAGUGAUUAGAGACAUUUUAGAAAUGAUACGGAGAACUUAUUUAAUUAUUUAUUUUGCAUUUGUUUUUAACUUAUAUGUUUAUAUUCGUUUACUCUAACUGUUAAAUCUGGAGAACACAAAUACAACCCGUUAUUGACUAUAGCUACAGAACGCAAUAAUAACGGGGAUAACUACAGGGGCAAUUCUGUUCACAAAAUUCUCAUUGUUGUUGUUAUUAUUAUUAUUAUUAUAAAAUUAAAAAUUUUCGAACUAGGCAAGAUAAAUGUGAAUUGUUGGUGCUAUAAUAUUUAAAUGGCAGAUUCAUAUUUAAUUAUGAGAUCAAAUCCAGUAAAUCGUGGGCUUUGUAGUUACCCUCUAAAUGUACAAAGGAAAAGAGGUGUAAAUAAGAAUAUUUUGUUUUAUGUUGAAAGACAAACCUUGAAUUUUCUCUCUUUUCGCAUCAUAUGUCCAAGUCUCACGUUAACAGGUGAUACUGACAUGAGCAGCACAUUUAAAAUCAGACUCUACAAAACUGAAAAGAAACAUUAAUAGAAAAGUAGUGCUUUGUCACUUUUACAUUUGAUAAACUGCUACCGAAACAGAACAUGCAGUUUACUAGCCGAAUGAUUGACGAGAUAGAUAAUUAAUCGAUUAUGAAUCGAUUAUUUUGUGCUGCUUUUUCCCUUUCUGUAUUCCUGCACAAAUGCCAGAAAAAGGAUUUGUGCGUGAUAGUGUAUGAUUCUUAACCAGGGGCGCAGUGGACACCCAAAAUAUACAAUAUCAUUUUGAUGUUAAUGGAAAAGCCAAGUUCUCCUUUCAGGUCACUUGUGACCAAUAAGAUGUGAAGGAAAUUACAGGCUCUUCCUCGUCCAUUACCAGUCUUGGUAUCCUGCCUAUUGAACCCCGCAUGCAACCGCAAGUGUUAGAUCGGGCAUUGUGCAUCUCUGUAUAAAGCCGUUGAAAUCUCUUGUCAUUCUUUCUGGUGAAGCUGUAUAUUGAGAAUAAUGAGUUGUGAAGUAAUGAUUCUCGUAUUUCCAAAAGAUUUACGUUCGUGCCCCGUGUGCUUAGCGGUGUGAACUUCUUUUGAAAACUCUUGAAAUGGCUGGAUGUGCGGGGGAGGCUGGUCUUUAAGCAAGGAGAAUUACUUUUAUAAAUGUGCUAAUAAAAAUAUUUCAUUAAUUUA